AUGGCUGCCAAAAACUCCAAAGGCCGCGCAGGGAAAAGAAAACCCAAAAAGAAAAACAUAUGGGCGAUGUGCCUCGGCAAGUGUGAUGUCCUAGGAGAUCUAGCCACUGCUCUGAAACGAUGGCAGGGCUGCUGCACACACCCAUGCACGCAGAGGAGAGGAGUCGGGAAACCUCGGCUCGGUAGCGCUGACAGGAGCUAUGCGGUGAUCGACCGACGGUCUGAGCGUUAA